ACGUUAUCGUGAUGGCGCGCUCAGACCCUUGCCGAUGCCAUCUGAGAUAGAUAUUCUCAGUGGAAGCGGCGAUGCUGCCGACGUCUUUUCUCAACUUGCCCGCGAGGAGCAGUGGCUGCGAUUAGCGCUUUUGCAAGUCGAACUAUUCGCUGACGACGAUAGAGUACGGCCGUUUCUUUCGAAGCUGGUGGAUCAAGUCAGUAAGCGACUGAAGAGGAGAGCUACUGCGCCUAUUGGGUACCUGCCGCCAUGGGGUUAUCGAUGUCUCGAUCACUUGCUGGAAAUGGAUUGGGCGGUUGCAAAAAAGAAACUUGGAUAUUCCUGGGAAGAUCUUAGGACAAGAUUCAGAGCUCUUACGAGAACUGUCGUUACUUCCUAAAAUCAGAUCUCUCGUUCUUCGCAUCCAGAGACUCAGCAGAUCCAUCUUGGAUACAAGGGCACUGGGACAUGGACUUGUCGAGCAGCGUAUGCUCGUCUUUCUUGCAAGCUGCAAAACUGCUUCAAAAGGAUCCUGACAACUCUCAUAACCCUGCAAACACGCUAGGUAGCUUAGAUCUUGGGACUAUCUCUCUCAUGAUGUCCAGCCUCGAAGCAGCCCACGACGUUCUUCAUCCUCUACAAAGAGAUUCAGGCUUCCCGUGGAAACAGAACCUUGCAGAUCGUGCCCAUCACCCUCAAUUUAUGUCUACGUCUUUGGCCAUCCGUGAUGGCAAAUUGGAUCAAACAAGACUCCAAGGACGGAUAAACGCGCUCAAGAAUCAAGAUAAGACGAACCCUCUAGUUUCUAGUAAAGUUGAUACUUUCAAGGGUCUCGCUACCAGCGUUCCAAUUGUUUGGAAUGAAAAAGAUUUGGACAUUACAGAGGGUGAGGUUCGGAUCGUUGAUUUCCCGUCUAAGACGGUGUCUCACUCGAAAGCCGAUGUUAUUGAGCUGCUCAAAGAGAAUCGUGUUGAUCGGGGUGCUGCUUAUAGAAUCAUCGCAGUUGACGUGCUAGGGAGAACGAAAUUAUUGAAUGCCUACCUCCAUUUUGCACACGAGGAUGCUUGGGACGCAGUAGUUGAUUAUUUCGGGUCAGCGUCGCUUUUUCGGGGAUUCACCGAUAUACUCCACGACGAUACUAAAGAACUCUCUUGGAGGAUGUCCAUUAACAUAGCGCAUAUCAUUCUUGAGCCUGGCACAGAGAGGGAUACCACCGAGCCUCGAGACCGCUGGAAGCCACCGAAAGAUGUGGUCUCUGAUAAAGAUGAACGAGCCUUUCGAAAUGUUUGCUCGACCAUUUGCACUACCGGGGAUAGGCUCGGAGAAUUCUGGACUUGUUCAUUCUUAGGCCCCUUUUGUAAGCCUAAAGAGGGUCAAAAGAAGAGUAGUCAGUCACCUGCACAAAAGGGCAGUGAACGCCAGAGGAGCAGUCAAUCGCAAUUAACAAUCAAGGACAUGUCUACAGGCAAGGACACAGGACACCAGUCAUUACUGGUCUUUGAUAUUGAUAAAGUCACAAAGAUUAAUGAGAGAUAUAAAUUCGACAAAUACAGCGCUAGAAACCUGGUAUUUAUUGUUCAACUCACCCGCCUUAUCUGGAUCUUAUCGGGAUUGUAUGAAAAUGUUGCUCAAUAUCUUGAAGACACAAUGAAGCUAGAGGCCAGCGAAAAACUAGAAAGCUGCUGGCGUAACCGACAUACUUCGCAAGGUUCUCUGGGGUAUCGAGUGGCUGGAAAAACUUGAAUGGAGCAUCAAGUCUGCCGAGAUUGCCAUAAACGAGGCAAUCAAUUACGUAGAAAGGAAUGUGUCUAAGGUAAAUGUUCAUCAAUCCCAUAAAUCUGUAAAUCAAGAGGUCACA